UACAGAAGCACAACCAUACCACUUACCACAUUCCCCGCUUCUCCUCUGAGCCAAAAAAAAAACCCAGGCGCAAGCCAAUUGAUUUCUACGUUUUCAAUGAUCGUCUGAGGAAUUGUUCGGUGUUUUUUUUGCUACCAAUCUCAAAGCAGCAACAAGCUAUCCACGGCGCUGCAUUAAAUCCCCGAGUGUACUCAACAGAUGCUCUUCACCUCUCACAAUGGCAACAGAAGAUAAGAAACCAGACACAGACACAAAACCUCCAGUCGUACCAUCAGCCAGUCAAAGCAAGUCUGCACCUGCCAAGCCAAACUACACCCUGAAGUUCACAUUAGCAGGCCACACAAAGGCGGUGUCCUCCGUCAAAUUCAGCCCGAGUGGAGAAUGGCUCGCCAGCUCAUCGGCUGAUAAACUCAUCAAGAUCUGGGGAGCGUAUGACGGCAAGUUUGAGAAAACCAUCUCCGGUCACAAACUGGGUAUAUCUGACGUGGCCUGGUCCUCAGACUCUAACCUCCUGGUGUCUGCAUCUGAUGACAAAACCCUGAAGAUCUGGGACGUCAGCUCGGGGAAAUGCUUGAAAACUCUUAAAGGUCACAGCAACUACGUAUUCUGCUGCAACUUCAACCCCCAGUCCAACCUCAUCGUGUCAGGAUCGUUUGAUGAGAGCGUACGGAUUUGGGACGUGAAGACGGGGAAAUGUUUGAAGACAUUGCCAGCUCAUUCGGACCCUGUUUCUGCUGUUCAUUUCAACAGAGACGGCUCCCUGAUUGUGUCCAGUAGCUACGACGGCCUUUGCCGAAUCUGGGACACGGCAUCGGGGCAGUGUUUAAAGACACUCAUAGACGAUGACAACCCUCCCGUGUCCUUUGUGAAGUUUUCCCCCAAUGGGAAAUACAUCCUGGCGGCUACAUUGGACAACACGCUAAAGCUGUGGGAUUACAGCAAAGGAAAGUGCUUGAAAACGUACACAGGCCAUAAAAACGAGAAGUACUGCAUAUUUGCAAAUUUCUCUGUCACCGGUGGAAAGUGGAUCGUGUCGGGCUCCGAGGACAACAUGGUUUAUAUCUGGAACCUGCAGACAAAGGAGAUUGUGCAGAAACUCCAGGGCCACACAGAUGUCGUCAUUUCAACCGCCUGCCACCCGACAGAGAACAUCAUCGCAUCCGCGGCGUUAGAAAACGACAAAACCAUCAAGCUAUGGAAAAGCGACUGCUAAGCCUUCUCAGAUCUUUUGAGCCAUUCAUAUUUUCCUUCUCCUUUUUUUUUGAAUACAAUUUUUUUUCUACUUUCUUGUUGUAAGAGAAGAGGACUCGUUUUCUAACGGAGAGCUCCUGCGGGGGUUACAGAGGGGCUUUUCAGGUGAUGAAAUUCAGCAAGCAGAACCAAAUGAGACCCAUCAGCCAAACACAGUAUCAAAUAAGAAAAAGCAGACGCUGCACUGGGAUGUUGUCCUGUUGUCACAUGUUUGUUUUUGAAAUGGUCUCUGUGUGGAUACUCUGCAUCUGGUGCUACUGUAUCUGUGACACUGCAUCAUUGACCGUGAUGUCACUGCUUCAUACCAGCUCUUCUGUAUUUGUACAAUAAAUGUCAUGCUUAAGGGGUCUUUCUUUGAGUUCUUUUUUGCCUUUUGAAUUUGUCUGUUUGAUUGUGUAAUGCCGUCUUAGUAACUUUAAAAGUAGAGGAGUGAUUUUCCCCACCAAGAAUUAGUUUAAAAAGGGUUUAAAAAGUCUUUAAUUUAUUUAAGUGGUGUUUUUUAUCCCCCCAAAGGAUCUCAAGUAAGUGCUUUGUGCCAUAACAAGAUCCACAUUUAAAUUCUUUAUAAGGGGAAAGGAUCAGGAUCUGAAGUGGAGUUAGGAAACACUUUGAACAAAGCAAAGAUGUCAGAGAAUGAUUCCCCAAAAAAUCCAAAUGUUAGACAUUACCUUCUCUUUAAGGAAUGCAUACGCCCACCUGUCAAAAUGUCUUUUACAGUUCACAGUUUUCAACAGUGACCAAAUGUGUGUUGUAGGAUGUUUUUUGUACAUAUAUUGGCAUGUAUUGUUUUUUUAUAUAGCUGUGUAUGUUUUGUUCUCUGCUCAUGCUGCAGCUCGUCACAGACAACAAGCAGCGUCUCUCCUCUGUAGUUAACCCUGGAUCUGUGUCUUUAUGUUUGCAUUGGACAGCUAUAACUGACCUGCUACUUAAUAAAAACAUGUUUUUGUAUG